UGAGUGAAACCAAAAGGAUUCUCGUGUUCACCACACCUACAAACUUUUGCAGUUCACAAACGAACUUGAGAAAGAGAAGGUCGCAGCAACUUUUUACCUCUCCUCUUCAGUCAUGUAUAUGGACGACAACUUAAAAUGUGAAGUUAUAUCUUCACUUCUCGGACAAGGUGUGAAGCCCUACGCCGGGUCCCGGUGGUCAGCGAACAACUUGAGCGUUAAUGAUUUUUUUCUCAGCACCACCCUCGGGAAGACUGGCUGCACUUUGAAAGCACCGUUCCUCAAAACCUCAGAGUUUUUUGACCCGCAGUACGACCACGACUUCACCAACCUCUCUGGCUCGGCCGAGUGCAAGAGAGGUGAUGAGGUUUAUGUGCGGCCAAAAGGGUGGUACCGCAUAGCUUUAAAGGUCAAAGGUAAAUACCCCGGUGGAGACGCAUGGCUUGGCUCUAACGGGUGGAGGAGCCACUCUGACCCUGGAGAGUGGCCUGUUUCCUACCAUGGAACAAGCGUUGAUGGAGCAGACGGCAUCAUAAAGUCUCACUACAAAGCAGGAGACAGAGCCAUGUAUGGAAGAGGAAUCUAUUCCACACCAGAUAUACACAUUGCUGAGAAAGAGGAUUACGCCAAAACCUUUGAGUCUCAGACAACGGGGAAGAAAUACAAAGUGAUCCUGCAAAACCGAAUCAACCCCAAAAUGAGAGAGAUCUGCCAACGAUCGGAUUACUGGCUCGUCCGUAUCGAUAAAGUAACAUCGGCUAGAAAAGAGAAACAGAUCGUGGAGAGCGCCAUUCGACCUUACGGCAUCCUGGUUAAAGAAUUAAAGGAUGAUGAUGAUGAUAAGAAUAAUAAGGAUGACGAUGGUGAUGAAAAUCCUAAUGUCAGUGGUGCUUUUUCAUUGUUGUCUCUUGCCAAAUCUCUGCUUGGUUGGUAAAAAUGUGUCAUUCUACACCAAUGUUUACUCACGCUUUGGUAAUCUGAGAAGUUUUUUUUUUUACUGUACGUUCAAAAAGCCACGAGCAAGGACCUAUAUAAAAUUACAGUGUGUUUUAGUCAAAUGAAUUUACAGAAUAGUUGUGGGGAUACAACGUACCGAACAAAUAUGAAAAUGGUUGAUUAGACAGUAAUAUUUGCAUAAAUGGACAAGGUUCGUGAACAUAGUUGUUUUUUGUUUUGUUUUUUGUCACUCCAUGUUCAGUUACUUUUUGUGAUGUUUUCAACUCCAAUGUGUAAUUAAAGGUAUAGUGCCACUGUUUUUUUUUUUUAAUUUAAGUCAUAAAAAUAAUUCUUAAGUCUUUGGCACCACUAUAAUUUUAGUCCUCAGCAUUUAGAUAAGGGAUUCAUAAUAUGAUAUUGAAAUAUGACCAAAAUUCUUGUUGUCUGGAAACAAUUUACAAUUUCAACCCCUGAGGGGAAGAAAUUCAAGGGAUCAGAUGCUAUGACCAACAUUUGGUAGAUUUGAAAGUUACUUACAAGACAUCUUAUGGAUGUUAAUGUAAAAUGGGUCACAGGUCAUCUCAAAAUUUCACAUAUACACACACAUGCUUCCCCUUGUAGUUAUUCUGCAUAACGCUGAUGUCGUCCAUCAGACAGACAUCAGCAAGACAAUAUUAAUAUUAAGACAAUAUUCACUAUGGAAUUUCCCCAUGGAUAAUUAUGUUAUCUUCACUAAAAUGAGAUGUAAUUUUGUAACAUGUUACAAAAAUAAACCAACGUUACAAUGCUUGGAUUUUGGUUAAAACUAAAUUUUCUCAGGCCCUAACUGUCAAUUUUGGCAUAUGAAAUUGUAGAUUUGGACCUAUUCUAUUUUUUGGACCUAUUCUAUUUUUUGCCUUCAAUGUGUUACAGUUGUAUAGAAUUUUAAAAAGUAACCAAAGCUGAAGUGUACAGAAACUAAGUGAUCCUGACCACUUAAUUUUGUUAAGAUUUAAUAUUUUGCAGUUUCGUGUUGUAGAGUAGGUGGAUGAGCAGAUAAGGAGCUGGCCAACCAGUAUGUACACUCGGGUCUGAAUCCUGCUCAUGGUAGCAGUCUGUGUCCUUGAACAAGACAUUUAAUCUACAUUGUAUCAUUCCAAUGAGCUGUAAAUGGGUACCAACCACAGCUGAGGAACCAACCUGCAUCAGCCUGGAGUCUCAGCCAGGGGGAAGUCAAAGACUUUCAUCUGCUUGACACUAUAGAAUCUGGAGAUAAGGACCAGCACCAACAAGCCUGUGGGCCUAUAUUGGACUUGAUUAUUAAACUGUGCUCAUUCUGAUUCAGUUUUUUUUUCCUCAUUUUCCCUCAAAAUUUAAGUUUUUAAGAUGACAAACAGUUUAAAUAAAUACAGUAAAUCGUGGAAGCUUGCAUUGUUAUACAAUAUUUUUCAUGUCCAUAUUGUUAGCAGGUUAGACAGAAAAAGCUCCAUAAUUAUG